AUGUCAAUCCAACUGAUCAACCCGCCCGACGUGCCCCCUCCGCGCCCAACAUACUCGCACGUCCAACUUACGCCCAUCUCGUCGACAAGCACGCUGGUCACAAUAGCGGGUCAGAUCGGAGUCGAUAUGGAGACCAAGACGGCGCCCGACUCCUUCAUCGCGCAGGUCGAGAUCGCGCUGGCGAACUUGGGCAAAUGUCUGGCCGCCGUGGGGGCCACGCCCGCCGACAUCGUCAAGAUGACCCAGUUCGUCGUCAACCUGGAUCCCGCCGACACGUCGCGGUCCGAGGCCUAUUCCAGGUUCAUGGGCGGCCAUCGUCCGCCGAGCACACUGGUGGGAGUCGCGGCGCUGGCGGCACCGAAUUGGUUGUAUGAGGUCGAGGCUAUGGCUAUUGUACAUCAGAAGUGA